UGAAGUCCGCGAUUCUCUUACUUGCUACCGUUACCUUGUGUACGUGUAGCGUUAUCCCCACGAUCCCCGGGGACAAUAGCCACUAUGUGGAAGGAGAAAGCCGCUACAUCUGGAUGCCUGAUGGUGAUGGCGUUCCUCACCUCGUAGAUCUUCAAGCUGAGGAGGAACCUGACAUGAGCAGAAAUGCUGGAGCUCGGAAUGCAUAUUGGCUUUUUACUAGGAACAACCGCAACAACCACCAACUUCUGGUACACAAUAACGCUAAUUCAGUGCGCAACUCUAAUUACCGUAGCAACAGACAAACCAAAGUUGUAGUUCACGGAUGGAACAGCAACGGAAAUUCAAGAAUAAAUACUCUGAUUACUUCGGCAUAUCUUGAUGUAGCCGAUGUUAAUGUUAUCGUCGUUGACUGGAGAAAUGCAGCAAGUGGCAUUUACACCACCUCUGUGCGUGAUGUUCCAAGCGUAGGACAGAAUCUUGGACAAUUCUUACAGUUUGUUAUUAACACAGUCGGAGGAAAUUGGAACAACUUCCAUCUAAUUGGCUUCAGUUUAGGAGCACAUAUUGUUGGAAAUGCUGGACGUACCGUUGGAGGCCGUCCUGUUCGUAUCACAGGUCUCGAUCCUGCUGGCCCUCAAUGGGGCGGUAACUCGCGCGCUCUAAACACUCGUGACGGUGUAUAUGUUGAAUGUAUCCACACCGACGGUGGACUGCUCGGCAUCUUCGACCCAAUCGGUGACACGAACUUCUAUCCUAAUGGCGGUAGAAACGCACAGCCUGGAUGUGCUGUCAGUACUUGCUCUCACAGCCGCGCCUAUGAACUUUUUGCGGCUAGUGUUAGGUACAACAACUUCAAUGGCAGACGGUGCGCUAACCUCAAUGAAGCAAGGAACAACAGAUGCACCGGUGCUAAUCUUCGUAUGGGAAAUCGCGACCUAAACAAGCGCGGAUCCGGUCUAUACGGUUUAACGACUGGACGUUCCUGGCCCUUCUAAAGAAACUGUUUGAU